AUGGCGUUGUUGCAUCGCGCUGCAGUAGCACUAGUGCUCCUUGUCUUCGCAACUUCAGAUUGUGUCGUGGCUCAUAAUCGAUAUCCGCCAAAGCCGGUUGACCUGACCACGCCUGUUCAACAACACAUCGCCAUACAUGGCCCGAAUGAGGUCUCUGUCGCCUGGGGUACAUAUAAGCGUCUGAGCGAACCAUGCGUUGAAUUUGGGACCAGUAACGACACCCUAACGAGGCGGGCAUGCUCGAAGACAUCUGUGACAUAUCCAACAUCGCGCACAUGGUUCAACUCGGUCAUUUUGGACGGCUUGACGCCUGCGACGACAUACUAUUACAAGAUUGUGUCUACAAACUCCAGUGUCGAUCAAUUCAUGAGCCCACGAAUAGCAGGCGAUACAACGCCGUUUGCCAUGAAUGUUGUCAUUGACCUUGGUGUCUACGGCGCUGAUGGCUACACCACCGACAAGAGAGACCUCAUCCCGACCAUUGAGCCUUCUCUGAACCACUCAACCAUUGGCAGACUUGCCACCACAAUUAAUGAUUACGAAUUCAUCAUUCAUCCCGGCGACUUUGCAUACGCCGACAAGUGGUAUGAGAACCCGAAAAAUCGAGAAGACGGGGAAGCUGCAUAUACGUCGAUUCUAGAGCAGUUUUACCAGCAGCUGGCUCCAAUUGCAAGUCGCAAACCGUACAUGGCUAGCCCCGGCAACCAUGAAGCCGGAUGCGACAUUACUCGUCACAUAGAGGGAGACUGCCCUACGGGCCAGAGCAACUUUACUGACUUCAUGAAUCGAUUUGGCCCUGUUGCCCCUACGGCGUUUGCGUCGUCAUCGUACAAUGCUACUGCGAAGUCGAAAGCUGCCACGGCACAGAGGCUGGCUAGGCCGCCGUUUUGGUACUCUUUCGAAUACGGUAUGGCCCAUGUUGUCAUGUUCAACACGGAGACUGAUUUCUUCAAGGCUCCAGAGGGAAUUGGCGGCUGGACCGGUGACGACUCGGGACCGUUUGGCUUUCCAAACCAGCAACUGGACUUUCUGGAAGCCGACCUGGCAUCUGUGGAUCGUACAGUGACGCCCUGGUUGAUUGUCGCCGCCCACCGGCCAUGGUACACUACUGGUGGGGGAGAAGUCUGUCGACCUUGUAAACAGGCGUUUGAACCCGUAUUUGCCAAGUACGGUGUAGACUUGGCCAUCUUUGGGCAUGUACACAACUCGCAGCGUUUCGUACCCGUCAAUGACAGCGUCGCCGAUCCAAAAGGGAUGAACAACCCCACUGCGCCAAUGUACAUCGUUGCGGGCGGAGCAGGAAACAUUGAAGGACUGAAACAUAUCGGCAAAAAUGUGUCGUAUAAUGCGUUUGCAUAUGCGGAAGACUUUAGUUUCGCAACGAUAAAAUUUAAGGAUAAACAGCAUUUGCAGGUUGACUUUAUUAGGUCUCGGACGGGAGAAGUUAUAGACACGAGUGUGUUGUACAAGGAGCAUGCGCAACAGUUUACACUGGUAGAUGGGAAGCCUAGUUCAUCGGGAAGCAGGCUGGGUGCCUUUUUGGCGAUUAUUGUUCUUGCAUUUGCUGUGGCUAUUUGA